UCUGGAGCAUGCCUUUCUCUCUCGUCCGAGUUUGCCACGAGCAGUCGGCACAGGUAGCCUGACUCACCUGGUUCUCUGAAUAUUCACCUCUCGGUUUAUAUCCGUUAAACAUGUACCAUUUUCGUAUAACGUGCCGCGAUGAGAUUGACGUUUUCGCCGUGCCUUAUAACGUAUUUUGAAUCCUUGAUCAUUAUACGAUCAGAAAAUAUAUUUUUACGCAGACGAUUAUUUUUUUACGGUUGGAUAUAGUGUUUUCAUCAUGUGGACAACUGAUUUAAAGUGUUACUGUUGUUUGUUGCGAUAACGACAAUGAAUAUGGAAACUUAGCGUGACUUCAUUGUCGAGUUCGGUGCUUCUUUAGACUCGCGGAAGAGUAAUGACGAUUACUUCAGCAAAUUAUCGCUGCCUCGUGGUCACAUGAGGUUCCUCUUUGUAGCGAUGUAUACGCGAUAUUUACUGUGAUGAUUACUGUGUUACCUACCUCUUAGGAUUAUUGAACUCUCAGUUAGUCGGGAGAAAUGUGAAAUGAAUAAUAACUUAAUGUGACAAAAUAAGUAUCACAAUUUUACUCGACGAGCACAAAAAAUUGACGUCGUAUAAUAUCGCGCCGUUUAAUCUAACACGAGAUGGUGAAGUUCAGGGGUCCGUUGGUGCAUCGGGUUAAACUGGCGUAUCGCAAUCUAAAGGAUAUGACGAUGACGAACGAGGUGGACCACUCGAUAUCGUGUGAAAACAUAAGAUUGCUUGAUGGUGAUGGCGACAACCCCGAUUCUAAGGGUAUCACGCACCUGGUGCGUGCACUACGCACGUCGGAAGCGUGGCAGCUCGCGCAGGAGACCAGCACGGUUAAAAUCGGCAUCGAGGGUAUGACCUGUCAGAGUUGCGCGAACAACAUCGAAAGGGUGAUCGGCAAUCGGCCCGACGUCGUCAGUAUCAAAGUGGUUCUGGAGGAGAAAGCCGGCUACAUCGAGUACAAAACGCACGAGAUCACACCCCGUGAAUUGGCAGAGGCGAUCGAGGACAUGGGGUACACCGCCAGCCUGCCAUCCAACCUGACAUCCAGCAACGCGGAGAACAAAGCGAACAACUCCUCAAUACCUGCCACCUGCAACAUACACGUAGACGGAAUGACGUGUCAGUCGUGCGUUAAAAACAUCACCGAUGUUCUAUCCGAAAAGCCCGGUAUAAAGAACGUGAACGUCAGCCUGGAGGAUAAAGAAGCCAAAGUCUCUUACAGUAGCGGUGAUGUAACAGUCGAUCAGAUAGUAAUGUAUAUAGAGGACAUGGGCUUCACUGCGUAUGUAAAAAAAGCGAAGGACGAGGCAUCGCAAUUGGAUGCUGAUAUCAAUAAAAAGAAGAAGAAGACGGAACUGGUGCUGCAAGCGAACGGCGCUGGUGAUGUCAAAAAACAAUUGUCAAAGUGCUUCCUGCGUAUAACUGGUAUGACUCACGCUCACCAUGUCACUGGGAUAGAGAAACACUGUAAAAAGCUGUACGGAGUAAAUAGCGUACUGGUGGCUUUGAUGGCCGCCAAGGCAGAAGUCACGUACAAUCCUGACAAAAUAAAAGCGGCGGAUAUUGCUUCCUGUAUAUCGGAAUUGGGUUUUCCUACGACUUUAAUCGAGGAAUUCGGGACCGAAGAAGUCGAAGUCGAGUUAAAAAUCAUGGGAAUGACGUGCGCGUCUUGCGUAAAUAAAAUAGAAUCGACCGUGAAGAAGCUACCUGGUGUACGAUCGGCGAUGGUCGCUCUAGCGACGCAGCGGGGCAAGUUCAAGUACGACGUGGAAAUGACUGGUGUCAGAGAUAUCAUCGAAUGUAUCAAUAAUUUGGGUAUUUACACGGCCAGUCUGUUUAGCAAUCGAGAUAAGGAAAAUAGGGACUACCUGGAUCAAAAAGAAGAGAUAAGUAAAUGGCGAAGAACGUUCUUCAUAUCGCUGAUUUUCGGAGUUCCGAGUAUGGUAUCGAUGACAUAUUUCAUGCUAGUUAUGUUGUUCGGUAACAAGACACACGAGGAAAUGUGUUGCAUAGUACCUGGUCUUUCUUGGGAAAAUCUGUUACUCUUUGUGUUCUCCACGCCGGUGCAGUUUUUUGGUGGCUGGUAUUUCUAUGUGCAAGCCUAUAAAGCUUUGAGACAUGGUACAACCAACAUGGACGUUUUAAUCUCGAUGACUACUACGAUCUCAUAUCUUUAUUCUAUCGCCGUUCUCUCUGCUGCUAUGAUAAUGCAAGAGAACGUCAGUCCACAGACGUUCUUCGACACUCCACCGAUGCUCUUGGUCUUCAUCAGUCUGGGAAGAUGGCUUGAGCAUGUGGCGAAGGGAAAGACGUCCGAAGCUCUCUCAAAACUGUUAUCUUUAAAAGCCACGGAUGCAGUGUUGGUUACGUUAGGACACCACAAAGAAAUAUUAACGGAACGCUCGAUAAGCGUUGACCUGGUGCAACGUGGCGACAUACUAAAAGUGGUCCCAGGUGCCAAAGUGCCUGUCGACGGCCGCGUAUUGUUCGGUGAGUCGACCUGCGACGAGAGUCUGAUCACCGGUGAGAGUAUGCCAGUGCAAAAGAAGGAAGGUUCGAUGGUGAUCGGUGGUUCGAUCAAUGAGAACGGAUCGUUGGUGAUCACCGCCACGCACACGGGCGAGCACACGACGCUGGCGCAGAUCGUUCGCUUGGUGGAGGAGGCGCAGACGAACAAGGCACCUAUCCAGCAACUGGCCGACAAGAUAGCCGGCUAUUUCAUACCCCUGGUCAUAGUGGUCUCCCUAGUGACGCUAGUGAUUUGGAUCAUCAUCGGCUACAUGAAUGUCGAGCAGCUGCCCAUGUCGCACAACGACCAGUUCAAUAAGCACGGCUUGAGUCGCGUGGAGAUCAUAUUUCAAUACGCCUUUCGAAGUGCCCUGGCAGUACUCGCGAUUGCUUGUCCCUGCGCUCUUGGCCUGGCCACCCCGACCGCGGUUAUGGUCGGCACGGGCGUAGGUGCACUAAACGGCAUUCUGAUCAAGGGCGCCGAGCCGCUGGAGAAUGCGCACAAAGUCAAAUGCGUUGUCUUCGACAAGACGGGAACGUUGACGCACGGUGCUCCAACCGUCACCAAGAUCGAAUUGUUCGUGGAGGAGAUGGUCUGUUCAUUGGGGACGUUGCUGACGGUCGUCGGCACGGCAGAAAGAAACAGCGAACAUCCUAUCGCGGCAGCGAUCGUACGCUACGUGCAGGACACAAUCGGAUCGAAAACUGGGCAAUGUACGAAUUUUGAAGCAGUUCCCGGCUGCGGUUUGAAAUGUAAGGUAUCUCAUUUGGAAGGUGCGCUGGGCGAGUCGUUGCAAUCCGAAAAGCUUAUAAACUACAUGGACCAGUCGCACAACGUGUCGACUGGAACGUACAAUGUCAAUAACGUGCGCAUCGACAAGUUGUCGAUCGUCGAGAAGCCGGUAGCCGAUCGUCAAGAGAUGCAAAAGUUAAAUCUACAAUUACUUUUGGAGUCUCCGCGUGGCGAUUCGAACAUGAUUGAUGAGGUAUACGAGAUGUGCAUUGGUAAUCGGGAAUGGAUGCGCCGGAAUGCGAUCAACGUUCCGCAGGAAGUCGACGAGAGGAUGGUGAACGAGGAGAACCUAGGACACACCGCGGUUUUGGUCGCGAUAAACAAUCUUCUGGUCGCCAUGAUCAGUGUCGCUGAUACAGUAAAGCCCGAGGCACAUCUCGCAGUCUAUACCCUGAAGAAAAUGGGAUUGGAAGUGAUCCUCUUGACGGGCGAUAAUAAGAAAACCGCGGCUUCGAUUGCCAAACAGGUCGGCAUCGACAGAGUUUUCGCGGAGAUGUUACCGUCCCACAAGGUGGCUAAAAUUCAGCAACUGCAAAAACAGGGUUUGAGAGUCGCCAUGGUGGGAGAUGGUGUCAAUGACAGUCCGGCUCUAGCUCAAUCAGAUGUCGGUAUCGCUAUCGCGUCUGGCACAGACGUUGCCGUGGAGGCUGCCGACGUGGUUCUGAUGCGCAACGAUCUUCUAGAUGUAAUCGCGUGUUUAGAUCUAUCGAGGAAAACGGUCCGCAGGAUAAGACUGAAUUUCUUAUUCGCUAGUGUCUACAAUCUUCUGGGUAUUCCCAUAGCUGCCGGAGUAUUUAGCUCCUUUGGUUUCUUCCUACAGCCAUGGAUGUCUUCCGCCGCCAUGGCUUUAAGUAGCGUGUCGGUAGUAGGAAGUUCCUUAUUAUUGAAGCUUUAUCGUAAGCCGACUAAAGCCACGUUGGAAACUCCCGGAUACCUAGAAGCUAGGUUUACCCAUUCCAUAGGGCGAUCGAACGAUUUGAAUACGAUAAUAGUGGAUCCGUUCCAUCGUGGAUCGAACGAUUCGCUGAACAGAUAUAAAUCAGCUAUGAACAGAUCAACGUCCACACUGUCCAGAAUAUUUGGAAAGUCAAAACUCGAGGUGGAGGGCCAUCUCCUUGGCGAGGAAGCAGAUGAAACUGAUUUAGCUGUGGAUUUUUCGAAUUAUCGUAAAAACGCGAAGAACUCUAUGGACAUAACUUCCGUAUGAAUCUUGCACGAGCAGACUGUCUGACAAGCAUUUUAAUUCCGUUGACUUUUUGCAGCAAAUGAAUCGAACGUUACCAAUAAUUUUAAUAUUACUUUAUAAUGGAGCUAACAGAAGAAAUUGUAUAAAAAUAGUCAACUAACAAUUCUUACAAUAUAAAGCGAUUUUCACUUUUCACAUUAAAAAUAAGCUGCAUCGCGAAAGUAGUAUAUACCAAUAAUUCAUACAAGACUUCGUGAAUCGAUUUGAGUGAUAUUCAUGUUCAAACGAAUUGAUUGUUAUAUUUUUAUAAACUUUAUAUAUUAAGAUGUGUAAAUAAUACCGACCUACCUGACUGUGAAUGUUUUCAUAACAGGAUAGCAGUACUUCCUUUUUAUUGCAAUUAAUAGAUACAAGUUUUAUCAAUAGUUUUAUCUUAUUACAUGCAGAUGUACUUAAUUCAAAUGGUAAAUGAAAAAAAUUACGUUUUACACAUUUUUAAAAAUACAUGCAAUAUUUUAUAUACGUUUUAUAUAU